AUUUUUUUGGUUUAAACUCCCCAUCUAUCUACUAUUUCAGCAACAGCAAGCCGGGGAGGGAACUCAAAACGAAGUGUUCACCAACGGACUAGACUUUUGGACAGCAACCUCUGACUCUCAGACAACGGACACCGUUUCCAAUGACUCUCGCGUCUCCUCCGCUUCACUCCAAUCCCCAUCCUCUCCUCUUCUCUCCCUCUAAACGACACCGUUUCCAACUUCUCGAGUUCCGCGUCUUCCGUCGCAGAAGAAGGCUCAAAGCCUUUCCUUCCCGUCUUUCCCUCCGAUCCCAAUUUAAUUUCCAUGACCUUUUUCACGACCUUUUCUCCCAAUUCCCUUCCCUCAACUCCUUCGAUUUCCUCGCUCCUCUCUCCCUCGGUUUCGCCUCAGCCUUUUCUUUUCAUCUCUCGCGGUUUAAACCCCCUCCCGUCGUCUUCAACGAUGAUGUCGGCGAGUGGAUUCUUUUCGCCAGUCCGACCCCCUUUAACCGUUUUGUCUUCCUUCGGUGCCCGUCGAUAUCGUUCUCCGGGGCGAGCUGUUGGAGGACGUCAACGAGAAGCUGGUGAAGGAGGACAGGCAUUUCGUGAGUCUCAACAAAGGUAGGAUGAAGAUUCUUCUUGCGAGUUCCGAGGAGGAAGAAGAGAGGUUGGCUUAUCAGAGAGUGUGUGUCAGUACCGACGAUGGGGGUGUGAUUUCCUUGGAUUGGCCGGCAAACUUGGACUUGAAUGAGGAGCAGGGAUUGGACACCACGUUAUUGCUCGUGCCGGGGACGCCACAGGGCAGCAUGGAUACCAACGUGAGGUCCUUUGUCUGCGAGGCGCUCCAGCGGGGUUGUUUUCCUGUGGUCAUGAACCCCAGGGGUUGUGCGGGUUCGCCUCUCACCACGGCGCGGUUAUUUUCAGCUGCUGACAGCGAUGAUAUCUCCACAGCUAUACAGUUCAUCAACGAGGCAAGACCAUGUGCGACAUUGAUGGCCGUGGGCUGGGGAUAUGGUGCAAAUAUGUUGACAAAGUACUUGGCAGAAUCUGGAGAGAAAACGCCACUUACAGCUGCUACAUGCAUAGACAAUCCUUUUGACUUAGAGGAGGCCACAAGGUCCUCUUCACAUCACCUGCCUAUUGAUCAGAAGCUCACUGGUGGACUAAUAGAUAUUCUCAGAUCUAACAAGGAGCUAUUUCAAGGCAAAGCAAAAGGGUUUAAUGUGGAGAAGGCUCUGUUGGCAACGUCUGUCCGUGAUUUUGAAAAAUCAAUAUCUAUGGUUUCUUAUGGGUUUGAUGCAUUAGAAGAUUUUUAUUCACAGUCUAGCACAAGAGAUGCGGUUGGGAAGGUGAAGAUUCCUGUUCUAUAUAUACAGAAUGAUGAUGGGAUGGUGCCACUAUUAUCUAUUCCCCGUGGUUUGAUAGCGGAAAAUCCAUUUACAAGUCUGCUCUUUUCUUCUUCUAUGCCUUCUAGUAUUGUUGCAAGUGGCAAAUCUGCUCUGUCCUGGUGCCAGCAUCUUACGAUUGAGUGGCUUACAGCUGUGGAACUAGGACUUCUGAAGGGUCGCCAUCCUCUUCUGAAAGAUGUGGAUGUUACCAUUAACCCUUCAAAAGGCUUACCUCUUGUUGAAGCUAGAGCAUCCGAUGAGAGUGGUGAUAUGGACAGGCUCUUGAAUCUUACCGAAUCAAACUCUCUGAAUGGAUAUGCUGUAGAUCCAAUAAAAAAUAUGCUAGAAGAGAGGGAUACUGCCGCUAGCAUCGACUUGAGGUCUCUACGAGAUUCACAAGAAAAUUUGGAAGUUGAAGACAUGAGAGUGCAAGAAAUGGAAAAUGGUGCUUUGCAACAUGUUAACUCAGUUGAUGGAGAAUUCAUUAUAGGGGAGGAAGUCAGUUCAUCAGACGGUGAAAGAGGUCAAGUGCUACAAACAGCACAAGUUGUUAUGGAUGUGCUUGAUAUAUCCAUGCCAGGUACCUUGACAGGAGAGAAGAAAGAGAAGGUCUUGACUGCUAUGAAUCAAGGAGAGACACUUCUAAAAGCUUUGCAAGAUGCUGUGCCAGAAGAUGUUCGUGGAAAGCUUACAGCUGCUGCAACUGAAAUUUUGCAGGCCCAAGGCACACACUUAAAAUUUGAUGGACUACGUGAUGUUGUUCAGAUUCCGGAUGUUCCAUCAGGAUUAAAAUCAACUAUCCAAGAGAAAGUAAGAAGAUUAUCGGAUGCAGAAGGUAUUGAAAAAGAUCACAAUUCUUCAGACCAGAUAAAGCAGGCUGAUGAAGUGACAGAUUGCUCAACUUGCGCACAAUCUGGCUCAGAAAAACCUACUGCAGAACCUGAAUCAGAUCUCUCUGAGGAGAAAUCACAAAGAUCUGUAAAUUUGGGUCAGUUUCAAUCAACAGGUGGUGAUGGAGUUGGUGGAGUCGAUAUAUCUGAUUCAGUUAGGAAAGACAGCACUGAACUGGGGAAUGAUGAUGAAUCUGCUGAUUUCUACAAAGAAAAUCCUGCUCCAUCUCUUGACUACGUUGAGAAGGGAUUAGAAACAGGUGUUAACUCUAAUUUUCCCAGUCAGACUGAUAAGGCAGGCGGCAGCAAGGAAGAAACAAUUAAUGAGCAAAAAGACAAGGACAGUGGAACAGCUCAAAUAGAGACAAGAGAGGAAAAUAAUAAUAAAACUGAAGAGAAAACCGCAGAUUCUUCAACUGACCAAAGUAAGGUGGCAUCAGCCAGUGUAACAGAAGUAUCUCUUGGGUCCUCCUCUGAGGCCCAAGUGAUGGAAGGGGAAGAUAAUGAUAAUCAGAAGAAGGAAAACAAUAGUAUGCAGCCUGUUCAGGAUCAGACUAAGGUUAUCUUGGGUGAUCCUAGUCCCCCUACCUUCAGUGUAUCCCAAGCAUUGGAUGCUUUAACAGAGGUGGAUGAUUCCACACAAGUGGCUGUUAACAGUGUUUUUGGUGUACUAGAAAAUAUGCUAAAUCAGUUGGAGGAGUGUUCAGACGAGGAAAAUGGAGUCCAGGAUAGGAAUGAUGUUGAAGACUCUGUUACUGAGACAGAUAAUGUUGUUGGCAAUCAGACGUUGGAAGAGAGAGAAGAAAAUGAAAGUGAACAGAGCAUGCAGUCGGAUACUUUGGGUGAUCAUCCUGUAUAUAAUCACCAUGUUGGCAUGCAGUUACACCAUGUUCCAAGAAUUGGAAGCAUAGAGGAGGAAACCAUGCAAUACCUCAGUUCUUCUAAUGGGAAAAGUAUGGAUAUAUCUCAGGGUAUUAAGAACAAUAUCCAUGUGAGAAUGGGCAAAACCACAAAGAAGGAUCAAUUAGUUGGUAGUAAACUUCUUGCUGAUAAGACAGACAAGCUUAGACGUGUCACUAAUAUUCCAAUGUACAUAACUGCAAAUCCAUAUGGGACCUCUUUCGACAACAAAUACUUGCGCAAAUAUCUUGUUGCAAAGAAGCAUUCAAAAUCACUUGACUUGGAUUCAACAACUGCUCUCUUGCUUGACUAUUUUCCAGAAGAAGGUCAAUGGAAGCUGUUGGAACAACCAGAAAAUAUUGGGAUCUCCAAUGGCGAUGUUGAUGAGAGUAAGUUUGAGGCGCCCUCACAUGUGAAGUCAAAUGAUUCAGAAAAUUUUAUUGAACCACCCUAUGUCAUAUUUCAUACUGAAAAGCAACAGGAACCAGUUGCGGAAUAUGAAACACCAGACCCCACGAAUAGCAAAGUUGAAAUUAAUGAUGAUAAAUUAGUGGAGUUGAUGGAAUUUGUGAAAAAUAUUGUUAUGGAUUCAUUGAAAGUUGAAGUUGGUCGUAGACUAGGCGCAAUUGACAUGAAAGAAAUAAAACCCAGGCUUGCUAGAGAUUUGGAACUUGUGGCAAAUGCUGUGUCAUUGGUUGUUGGACAUGAGGAGCACAUUCGGUGUGCAGAAACUCCUAUGCUCUGUACUUCAGGAAAGCUUGGGACUCUUCCUGGAAAGCAUAUUAUUAGAGCCAUUUCAUCUGCUGUUCGGGACACCAGCUACUUGAGAAGAGUGCUCCCUAUUGGUGUUAUUGUAGGCUCUAGCUUAGCGGCCUUGAGAAUAUCUUUCAAUGUGGCUACAGUAAAAGAAAAUAAUCAGAGAGAAGUUCUGACCCAUGUGCAAGGCAAUAACUUGGGGGUAAAAACUCAUAGUAAGGUUAGUGUGCCAGAGAUUGAUAAAAAGCCGUUUACUAAAUCUGGUCAUAAAACUAGUUUGGGCAGUUCAGUAAACAGAGAAGUGGAAAAGUCUGAAUUGAAAAACUCAAGCAAUCAUACUGUCAUGGUUGGUGCUGUAACGGCUGCACUAGGGGCUUCUGCUUUACUGGUGAGGCAGCAGGGUUUGUACAAAGGCAAUGAAACUGCUGAAACUUCAUCAGAGUACUUCAAGGUGAAAGCCAAUCAUCAUCAGGAGCCUGAAAAUGUUGAGGGGUCGGUAUCUGAAAAGAGCCAGAAUAACAUAGUCACAUGCCUUGCUGAGAAAGCUAUGUCAGUUGCUGGCCCAGUGGUACCAAUGAAAGAAGAUGGUGGAGUGGAUCAAGAAAGGCUUGUUGCCAUGUUGGCAGAUUUGGGUCAAAAAGGUGGCUUGUUGAAGCUUGUUGGCAAACUAGCUUUACUCUGUGGCAUACGUGGUGCAAUGAGUUUGACUGACAGACUUAUGUCGUUUCUUCAUAUAGCUGAACGACCCUUGUUUCAGAGGAUUCUUGGGUUUGUAGGCAUGAUUCUUGUUUUAUGGUCACCGGUUGCUGUUCCUUUACUUCCAACACUGGUGCAAGCCUGGACAACAAAUACUUACCCUGGAAUAGCUGAGUUUGUUUGCAUUAUUGGCCUUUACGCUGCCAUUAUGAUACUUGUUAUGAUAUGGGGCAGAAGAAUACGUGGGUAUGAAGAUCCACUUGAGCAAUAUGGGCUGGGCUUGACAUCACAAAAGAUCCAUAACUUUUUGAAGGGUUUGAUUGGAGGAAUUUUCCUUGUUCUAUCAAUACAUUCCGUAAAUGCAUUACUUGGUUGUUUGCAUCUCUCAUGGCCUCCUAUUCCAUCUCCUUCAGAUGCCAUGAGAUGGUUUAAAGUAUAUGGGAAAAUGCUCAUGCUUGCUGGUCAAGGACUUUUUAUUGCCACCAGUGUUGCAACGGUGGAAGAAUUGCUUUUCAGGUCAUGGCUGCCUAAAGAAAUUGCAGUGGAUCUUGGACAUCAUCAAGGAAUUAUCAUCUCAGGGUUUGCAUUUUCUUUACUCCAAAGGUCUCCACAGGCUAUACCCGGGCUAUGGCUGUUAUCUUUGGGUUUGGCAGGUGCAUGUCAAAGAAGUGAAGGCAGUCUCUCCAUUCCAAUUGGGUUGCGUGCAGGGAUAAUGGCUUCAAGUUUUGUUUUACAAAAGGGUGGCUUUCUAACUUACAAGCUCAACUUUCCUCUUUGGGUAACUGGGAUUCAUCCAUUCCAACCAUUUAGCGGAGUGGUUGGUUUUGCAUUUGCUCUAGUUUUGGCAAUAAUUCUCUAUCCAAGACAGCCUCUGCAGGAGAAAAUGAAAAGUAUGGAGUGAGGGAAAAUGUGCUGGUGAGAUUGUUGUGUUGCAUUUAAUGUUGUUGAUACGUAUGUGGGCUGCUGUGGAGAAAGGGAAAAGACAAACAAAUGCAAACAGCAAACUGGAAGAGAACUGAAGAAAUUGAAAGCUAAUGCCCAUUUCCCCAUGGGGUUUUUCUGAUGCUGUAUGCACGAGGGCGUUGAUUGUGGUGUACAGUUCGUAAAUACAAAACGGGAAAUACAAAGGCAAAUUUUCAAUUAGGAAAGCGACGUGUAUGUCUGCAUAAGUUUCACUUUGGAAUGCAUCUUGUGAGAGAUCAACUCUCAUUGUAUACAUCACGUGAGCAGAUAGAUGGGAACACUCCAUGUUGAGAUUGUAGCAUACGGAUUGGAAAUCCAAAAGGCAAUGUAAGAUCAAUUUUGUCCC